UCCAGAGAAGCGUUUCUUCUCUUCCAGGUUACUAAUCAGGCUAAACCACAUAGAGUUGAAGGAAGGGGCUGGGAGGAAGGGAGUGCCCCACUGCUGAUGGCCUGAGAGGAUCCUGGACAGAGAAGUUGACCAGAGAGGGUCUCACCAUGCUCUUAGCUCCUUCAGUGUCUGUGUGGAGGAAAAGUACUGAGUGAAAGGCAGAAAAAAGAAAACAGAAAUGCUCUACCCUUGGAGAACUGCUGACUUAGGACUACUACUGAUUUUGACCGUCUUCUUAGGGGCUGCUUCAAGUAGUUCAAAUAUGGAUGGAAAGGAGAUGACACAGAACUAUUCAACACCUCUCCCAGAAGUUAACACUUCACUGUCUGUGGUGAUGGACACCAACGCUGUGCUCCACUGUCCUCGUACACUGACAAGAGUGGUGCUAACAAGAUGGGAAAUAAUCCUCAGGGACAAGCCUUCCUGCACAAAAGCUCACAGGAGCGACACAAAUGAGACCAAGGAAAUCAACUGUACUGAUGACAGAAUAACCUGGGCCUCCAGACCCAGUCAGAAUCCUGACCUUCAAAUUGCUCCAGUGGCCGUCACUCAUGAUGGGUAUUACAGGUGUGUGAUGGUGACACCUGAUGGGAAUUUCAAUCAUAAUUAUCACCUCCAAGUGUUAGUUUCCCCUGAAGCGACCCUGUCUCUAAGCAGGAAUAGAACUGCGGUGUGCAAGGCAGUGGCGGGGAAGCCAGCUGCACAGAUCUCCUGGACCCCAGAGGGGGAUGACUGUGUCACUGAGCAAGAAUAUUGGGGCAAUGGCACAGUGACUGUCCAGAGCACAUGCUCCUGGGAGGUCCCCGAUGUGACUACUGUGGCCUGCUCUGUCUCCCAUUUGACUGGCAACAGGAGUCUGUGCAUAGAGCUGCUUCCUGGUACCAAACAUUCAGAAAAAUCAUAUAUUCUAUAUAUCAUCCUUCCUAUUCUUAUUUUGAUCGUCGUGGGAUCCAUUUGGUUUUUGAAAUUCAAUGGCUGCAGAAAAUGUAAAUUGAAUAAAAGGGAAGCUACUCCAGUUGUUGAGGAUGAAAUGGAACCCUAUGCUAGCUACACGGAGAAGAAUAAUCCACUCUAUGAUACUACAAACAAGGUGAAGAUGUCUCAGGAAUUACAAAAUGAAGUUGAUUGCACAGGCCUCCAUACUUUAUAAGUGACUGGACUCCAGCACGAAGAAAAAUGAGUCAAGAUACAUUAUAAUUAAUGUUUUGAUUUUCUUACACUUCUAGAAAAGAAGACUUAUUUUGAAUUUAGUUUUUCAAAAGAUCUUAGAAGACAAAACAUUUCAAUGGAUUUACAUUCAUAUCCUUGUAUAAUUGGAAUUUUAGGUUCUUAGCUGCUACCAGCAGUUCUCUGAAGAACUGAUGCUGUCAUGACAAAGAAAACACAUGCUUGUGAUCAAAUUUUCAAGUUGGGCAGUACAGUAAAUAAUGAAAACUGACUUUCCUGAAGAAAUAACUGCAGAAAAAACAAUCAUCAACAAUUUGUUAUAUAUUCUUCCAGAAAAUUUUUAUGUACAUAUGACUUGUCUGUAUGCCUAUGGUAUAUGUGUACAUUUAUAUAUAUAUUUACAUAUACACACAUAUCUUUGUCAAGAAACCAAUGGGAGUGUACCAUAACACUGUUGUAUACUUACAAAUACCUAAUAAUAUCAGUCUUGGAGAACUUUUUAUAUCAAUACAAGCAGAGCUACCUCAUUCUUUUUAAUGGCUACGUAAAAUUCCAUUGUAUGGUUACAUCAUAAUUUAAUUAACCACCACUCUAGUGAUGGACAUUUAGAUUGUUUUAAGUUUCAUUUGUUUUAAAUUUUGUUUGUGGUAUAAAUAAUACCACAUAGAAUAUUUCUUGUGGCUAUAUCUCUUUGUAUUUGUUUAAGUAUAUUUGUAGGAUAAUUGUUUUGAGUGAAAUUGUCAGGUCAAAGGGUUUGUGCAUUUGUAUUAUUCAUAGAUUGUCCAAUUGUACCAAUUUACAUUCACUCCAACAGUGUUUCAAUGUGUUUUUCCUUAAAUUCCUAUUUUAAUAUCUGUAAGAUUCCUACUUCCCAGUUCCUACUUUCCCUUUUUCAUCAAAUAGUUCGGUAAUAUGAUAUGAUUAUAAUGAGAAUUAUACUAUUUAAUAAAAAUGGAGUUAUAUUCUUUGUUAUAUUUGCAAGAGAGAGAAUGAGUGUGUUAGGACAUUAAUUUCUUUUGAACUCAUGAUGUCUCUCUAGAGGUGUUGAUAUUUAAUGCCUAACAGUUUUGCAGAUGUGAUAAAUUGAAAUUGUGUAUUUUCAUGGCAUACCUUCUGUUGUGGUAUAUUUAUCAAAUAAUCAAUGUCUAUAGACUAUAUAAGUAGCAAAAUAUGCACUAUGGAGGACUUGGAAAAUGUGUAAAAUAUGAUCUAUGUGCUAAGAGAAUGGCAUGGGAUGACAUGAUAAUGUUCUCCAUAUCUUGUGGAGUAAAUAUUGGGAAUGUGUAUGUUAAUUAUUUUUUAGCAUCUUAAAAAUAUUUUUAAUUAUGAAAAAUUAUGAAAAAAUGAGUCUGUUUCCUUCACAACAGGAACAAACAUUAAAAGUUUUUCAUCAUGA